AUGGUGCAGUCCUCUUACAUGUCGGCCAUGGUCAUUAAACUGCCUGAGGCAACUCCGUUGGUGAAGGUGGCGUGCUCAAACUGGUCGUUCAGGUGCCCCGAUCUGGUUCCCGUUCGACCCGUUAACGAACAUGAGUCCGUGUGUCGGUACGUGCUGGAGGUACCGUGUCUGGUGCAUGUGUGCCAGUGGGUCGGCAGUACGAACACUUGUUCAACGUGCACCCCGGUGUUACCGCUGAGUCUUCGAUAA